CCCUGCAAAACCCUGGUGUAUUUAAUGCCUCAUCCCUUCCCCCAAACCUCUCCUCUCUCACCCGAGGCCGCCAGUCUUAUCCUCUCCGCCUCCGCCUUCCUCCGGCUCCAAUCCGCUAGGCAGACAUGGCUUCAACAUUCGGUGCCACUUCUACGGUUGGCCUCAUGGCUGCUCCAACUAGUAAGAAUGUGCGCCUUCAGAGGAGGUCUAACUUCAGAGUAAAAGCAGCUAAGGAGCUGUACUUCAACAAGGAUGGCUCAGCUACCAAGAAGCUCCAGAUUGGAGUCAAUAAGCUUGCAGACCUAGUUGGAGUUACACUGGGACCAAAGGGAAGGAAUGUUGUUUUGGAGAGCAAGUAUGGGUCUCCUAAGAUUGUUAAUGAUGGUGUUACAGUUGCAAGAGAGGUUGAGCUGGAGGAUCCCGUCGAAAAUAUUGGAGCUAAGUUGGUUAGGCAAGCUGCAGCUAAAACUAAUGAUCUAGCUGGAGAUGGGACAACUACUUCUGUGGUCCUUGCUCAGGGGCUGAUUGCUGAGGGUGUUAAGGUUGUGGCAGCUGGUGCUAAUCCUGUACAGAUUACCCGUGGUAUCGAGAAAACAGCAAAAGCACUAGUUGAAGAAUUACGAAAGUUAUCAAAGGAGGUUGAAGAUAGCGAGCUUGCAGAUGUUGCUGCGGUCAGUGCUGGGAACAACUAUGAAAUUGGUAACAUGAUAGCAGAGGCUAUGAGCAAGGUUGGUCGGAAGGGUGUGGUUACCCUCGAAGAGGGAAGGAGUUCUGAAAACAAUCUCUAUGUUGUGGAGGGAAUGCAAUUUGAUCGUGGUUACAUCUCUCCUUACUUUGUAACUGACAGCGAGAAAAUGUCCGUCGAGUACGAGAACUGCAAGCUGCUUUUGGUGGACAAGAAAAUCACCAAUGCAAGGGAUCUUAUCAACGUCUUGGAGGAAGCCAUCAGAGGUGCAUACCCAAUCCUGAUAAUUGCUGAGGAUAUUGAGCAGGAGGCACUUGCUACCCUUGUUGUCAACAAGCUCAGAGGAUCUUUGAAGAUUGCUGCUAUCAAAGCCCCUGGUUUCGGAGAGCGCAAGACCCAGUACUUGGAUGAUAUUGCCAUACUUACUGGAGGAACUGUCAUCAGAGAUGAAGUUGGACUGUCACUUGACAAGGCGGACAAAUCAGUCCUUGGGACGGCUGCAAAGGUCGUCCUUACCAAAGAGUCGACAACAAUAGUUGGUGAUGGCAGCACCCAAGAAGAAGUAUCUAAGAGGGUUGCACAAAUAAAAAAUCUCAUCGAGGCAGCGGAACAAGAAUAUGAAAAGGAAAAGCUCAAUGAGAGGAUAGCAAAGCUUGCUGGUGGUGUUGCUGUCAUUCAGGUGGGAGCCCAAACAGAAACUGAACUAAAAGAGAAGAAGUUGAGAGUUGAGGAUGCCCUAAAUGCAACUAAGGCUGCCGUUGAGGAAGGUAUUGUUGUUGGUGGAGGGUGUACUCUUUUGAGACUGGCAGCUAAAGUAGAUGCCAUCAAGGACACGCUGGAGAAUGAUGAGCAGAAGGUUGGAGCUGAGAUAGUAAGGAGGGCCCUGAGCUACCCACUUAAAUUGAUUGCUAAAAACGCUGGUGUUAACGGCAGCGUUGUUACUGAGAAGGUUCUUGCUAACGAUAACUUCAAGUUUGGUUACAACGCUGCUACCGGACAGUACGAGGACUUGAUGGCUGCUGGUAUCAUUGACCCCACUAAGGUGGUGAGAUGCUGCUUGGAGCACGCCGCGUCGGUGGCCAAGACCUUCCUCACGUCGGACGUGGUCGUUGUCGAUAUCAAGGAGCCCGAGGCUGCGCCGCUCGCGAACCCGAUGGACAACUCUGGCUAUGGAUACUGAUGAGUGAUGGCCAAGCCAUAGUGCUCCUGGGAACAAGGUGGCCAUCAUUUUUUUGGUAGGCGAGUCUUGGAAGGAGAGAUCGAGGUAGUUUUGAGAUGAAGUGAUUUGCUGCACCACCCAAGGCGGAAUAAACAGAAACUGUAGUCAAAAUUUGUGAUGUAACUGGAACGGCAGUCGAAUUAAGCAGAAAACGCUGAAAGAUUUUGCAAGUGAUAGCGUUUUUUUUUCCCA